GCAUUUACCUGAGGAACACGGAUAACCGCAGAGUGCAAAUAAGAAGCCGGUUUUUUUAUAAGUGUUGGUGAUGAGUAAUAGACAUAACUUUUUUGUGCGCGCACCGGUAUAGCAGCCGAAGAGAAACUAGGGCAUCGUUAAGUUGGCUGCUUUAAAACAAGGUACACACGAAUAUAGUGGCGGUCUCAUUGCAUGCCAGCGCUUGGUCUUAGAUCUCGGGAUUUACAACUAACACAGGCUGUGGAGGGAACAUAUAGAGAGAGAGCGAGGGGUGCCUAUACAUCUAGUAACGCACUAUGGCCACAAAAUCAGGAAACCACGUAAAAGGGCACCACCAUCACCACAGAAAUCAAGAUGGCGCCACAGAUGAAGAAAUCCCACCCAAUAUCCGUACUCACUCUCUGCCUUCUUCUGGAGACGGCGACGGUGAGAUUUUCAACACGCCGUUUGAGGGCAGCACUACCAUCACGACGACCACAAUCCGAAGCAGCUACAGUUCCUCUGGCGAUGGCGCCCCUAUCAUAAAAACGACAGAAGAGAGGUCGGUGACCAAAGGCGGACAUCCGCCGACGAGUCGCAAAAGCGUGAAAAAAAUCCCGUCCUCAUCGCCACCAUGCAACAAGCCUGACCUUGACCUUGGAGAACCCGAAAUCGUCCCGCUAGAAGAAGGCAUAACAGAGUACCCAAUGGAGAAAAUCUUCCCGAGAGAGGAAGUAGUGAAAAUGGAGAGGGAGGUCGCAAGGACCAACUUCCUGGCCGAAUCCGUCAUCGCCACGGACGAACGCCUCCGUGUAAGCCCAUGCACCUCCCAGCCGUACCAAUGGAUCUGCCAUCUCAAAAUGCGCGCCGCCAGCGGGCAGUACUAUAUCGGCACUGGCGCUUUCAGCACGAUGCUAGGUCCUGGCCAGCCCGCCAUUAUUCUAACCUGUGCCCAUAAUCUCUACAUGAAAGAAGAGGGCGGAUACGUCACGAGCGUCACCGUCUACCCGAUGCGGGACUCCUACAAGGCCCCUUCGGGUCAAUUCACGGUCGGGCGAGAAAAUUUCCGAUGUCGAGAGGCUUUCGUACGGUACAACGACUCCAUGGAAGACUUCGCUGUCAUCUUCGUCCCCGACUCGCAGCGCUAUUUCAAUUCCGACUUCGGCUUCGGUUACGACAUUCUCUCCGAUUUCGAUCUCCAGAACCGCGUGGUGACCAUUGCCGGCUACCCAGGCGACAAACCGUCGGGCACCAUGUGGAUAGCAGGCGGUAAAAUCAGAAAUAGCCAGAAGAGGAUGAUCCAAUAUGACAAUGACACGAAAGGAGGCCAAAGCGGAAGUCCGGUGUGGACCUGGAGCCGAUAUAAUUGGAUGAUGAUCGGUAUCCAUGGUUACGGCGUGGGCUCCUACAACGCGGCGCGUAGAAUUAACUAUGAAUUCGUUGAGCAGGUUUUGGACUGGGCUAAGGAGUACAAAAGAUGGUAAAUAGAUAACUUUUAGGCAACGCUUUGGCCUCUUACUCUACAUGUUCAAGACCCCCGACAUCACACAGAAGGAUCUGGAGUAAUUUAAUUAGACUUAAUUGAUUAAACGUUUAAUUGAUGAAUCGAUUAAACGUGGACAGGGCUACAGAUUAGAAAAGGGACAGAUAGUUUGCAUUUUUAGCGGUUAGAUCUACGCUUCCACAAAGGCUGCACGCAGAAUAAACACGUCGACUGUUGGACUCAGAUAGCAAUGCACACACAAUGAAUGGUUUAAAAACUUACUGAACACAUACAUAUUGUUACUGGUAUCCUCUCGUAUAUAUAUAUACGCAACAGCAUGAACCUAACGCAGGGCGCAUAGCGAUGAGUGUAGAGGGACGUCAGUCCAAAUACGUUACAGAGACACAUAGACAAAAACCACGGACUUUAAAAAAUGAUGUGAUACGUGAAUAUUACUUGUUGAAUAUCUAGUUUGAAUAUGUGGUUGUGAUAUUGUGUGACAUGGACGUAAGGAAAGGUAAUGGAAAGAACCACCACGUUUUGAAGGGUAUCUGAAUGCUAGGAUUAAUGUAAGGUAGCUGCACAGAACGAAAGUCCCCCUUUCACUAUAAAACAAGAAGAGGACCAUAGGGAAUAAGCCCCUCAUAACUGAUUAAUAUAUUUUAGUUGAAGUUAUCAUUUGUUCGUGGCUUAGAUAUACUGCUUAUUAAUUGUGAUGCAAAAGGCAAGAACUGUUUUUUGAUUGAUCGGUCAAUUUAUUUAUUGAUUUUAAUUUUGUUUCAGUUAUUAUUAUUUAUUUUAUUUUAUUUUAUUUUAUUUUAUUUUAUUUUAUUUUUGACUGAAUGGUUUUAGACUGAAACCUGCGACCCAAGCCCCGUAACUCGAAACAUCGCGUAUUGCGAAUAGCAAUAUUACCUGGAGGCUACAAUGUAUUAUAUGGGGCGAGUAUGAGUUACGGGGCCCUGGUUAUAAAGGGGAACUGAAAACCGAAAACCAAGCCUGUUCUCUGCCUGUUUCUUUUAUGUUGUGCACAUUACGAAUUUUUGGGUGAUUUUGGUGCAAAAGUGCAAAAUAUUUAUAUCAUACCAACGCUGCUUGUUGGUAGCUAUAGUUGAGUUAAUUGUGUUUAAGAAUAGAUUAGUAGGCUGUGUAGGACUCUUGGGUCUAGAUGAGGAAGUUACAUUGUAGUUCGAUCAAUGUUCAGGGCUGGAUACACCACUCACAAUAAUAGAACUUUAAAAACGAACGAUGCUUACAUGGAACUCCAAUGUCCGUAGACAAUUUUAACUACUUUAAAAACUUUACAUUUGCUAUGGCCAUCUGCUAACGUCACUUGGACCCAAACCAGUUAAGAUCUUCAUCUGUGUGAACGCACGCUGCUUCUUUGCAUACUUUAUUACUGUUAAUAUUAUCUUUAUGGUUCAUAUUAUAUACAUAUGUUCUUGUUCAUUGUUAAUCUCUGCCAAUGAGCCACAAGUAAAAAAUUCUUUAACGGAUGUCUUUGCAUGACACCAAACCGAAGACCGUGUUAUUCGUUUUUAAAAGCG